GGGUAGUUCAGUCGUCUAAGAUAUCUUUAUUAGAUCGAGUUUGUCACUAGUUUAAAUUGAUUUUUUUUAAAUUAAAAAAUGCAGGCCGCAGAAAGUGAACAAAGCAUAGGUAGUGACUUCAUUGCGGAAGAAAAUUUACAUUUCGAGGAAAAUAAUGACGACGACGAAAAUUCGUCAUAUGAUGAAGAUACUGGAGACGACUCCGAUGAAAUGUCGGAAUACGAAGAGAGCAUCAGUUUUCACAACGCGUGUAGGGAGUUCUACAUGAACAGGAAGGAUGCGACGGAGUCCUUCAAACACAACAUGGAAAGAGAUCACGAGAAACGAACAGAAGUGGAGAGGAGGAAGAAGACGACGUCCAUUGAUGACGCCAUGGAGCGAUUACGACGUGAAAUGGCUUCAUUGAUGGACCAAGACCUGACGCUAAUGGAACAGCUGAUGACACUCAAUGAAACCAUAGAGGAUAUCAAAGUCAAAAGACUCUACGGAUCAAGUCGAGAGUCGUUCCACAGCUCAUGUGAUAUAAAGAUUGGAUCUGAUUGGUCACUUCCAGAAAGGAAAACUUAUUUUCGCGGCUCCAAGAUUUACCCGGGUAAAGCCACCGUUGAUAUGACGUCAAAAGAAAAUCUGACUCAUUGCGAUAAAUAUCAAAGACAGGUUGACCCUGAGUACAAUGCGUUUUAAAAAUAUACGUCAUGUGAUUCGAAAUGGUGCUGUGUUGUGCAAUCUGACUAAA